AUGGUGGCCGCGUUCCCGCCCUUCACGCUCGCCGUCCACCCCCCCGGACCCCCCGCCCGUGCGGGCCAGCAGCCAGGGUUCAGCCAGCCACGACCCCAGCAGCCCCUGUCGGACCCGGACUUGGUCGGCCGUGGACGCCAGAGAGGACCCGUGGGAGCAACAGCCAAGUCACAAGGUGAAGAGCGAGGAGGUCGCCGCCGAGAUUUCCACGACCUCGGCGUGAACACCAGGCAGAACCUGGACCACGUGAAAGAGUCCAAGACUGGCUCCUCGGGCAUCAUCGUGAGGCUGAGCACCAACCACUUCCGGCUGACGUCGCGGCCGCAGUGGGCGCUGUACCAGUACCACAUCGACUACAGCCCGCUGAUGGAGGCCCGCCGCCUGCGCUCGGCCCUGCUCUUCCAGCACGAGGACCUGAUCGGCCGGUGCCACGCCUUCGACGGCACCAUCCUCUUCCUGCCCAAGAGGCUGCAGCACAAGGUGACCGAGGUGUUCAGCCAGACCCGGAACGGGGAGCAUGUGAGGAUCACCAUCACGCUGACCAACGAGCUCCCGCCCACCUCGCCCACCUGCCUGCAGUUCUACAACAUCAUCUUCAGGAGGCUCUUGAAGAUCAUGAAUUUGCAGCAGAUUGGACGGAAUUAUUACAACCCAAGCGACCCGAUUGACAUCCCAAACCACAGGUUGGUGAUCUGGCCGGGCUUCACGACCUCCAUCCUGCAGUACGAGAACAACAUCAUGCUGUGCACCGACGUCAGCCACAAGGUGCUGCGCAGCGAGACGGUGCUGGACUUCAUGUUCAGCCUCUACCAGCAGACGGAGGGUCUGACGGACAAGAUGCGGAACGACUUCAACGUGAUGAAGGACCUGGCCGUGCACACGAGGCUGACGCCCGAGCAGCGGCAGCGCGAGGUGGGCCGGCUCAUCGACUACAUCCACAAAGACGACAACGUCCAGCGGGAGCUGCGAGACUGGGGCCUGAGCUUCGACUCCAACCUGCUGUCCUUCUCGGGGCGGGUCCUGCAGGCCGAGAAGAUCCACCAGGGCGGGAAGACGUUCGAGUACAACCCGCAGUUCGCGGACUGGUCCAAGGAGACGAGGGGCGCGCCGCUCAUCAGCGUGAAGCCGCUGGACAACUGGCUGCUGAUCUACACGCGUAGGAACUAUGAGGCGGCCAACUCGCUGGUGCAGAACCUGUUCAAGGUCACCCCGGCCAUGGGCAUCCAGAUGAAGAAGGCGGUCAUCCGCAUCCCCUUCAGGAUCGAGGUGGACGACAGGACGGAGGCCUACCUGCGGGUCCUGCAGCAGAAGGUCACCUCCGACACCCAGAUAGUGGUCUGCCUGCUGUCGAGUAACCGGAAGGACAAGUACGACGCCAUCAAGAAGUACCUGUGCACCGACUGCCCGACGCCCAGCCAGUGCGUGGUGGCCCGGACGCUGGGCAAGCAGCAGACGGUGAUGGCCAUCGCCACCAAGAUCGCCCUGCAGAUGAACUGCAAGAUGGGGGGCGAGCUGUGGAGGGUGGACAUGCCCCUGAAGCUGGUGAUGAUCGUGGGCAUCGACUGCUACCACGACACCACAGCCGGGCGGCGCUCCAUCGCCGGCUUCGUGGCCAGCAUCAACGAGGGCAUGACCCGCUGGUUCUCGCGCUGUGUGUUUCAAGACCGCGGUCAGGAGCUGGUGGACGGGCUCAAGGUCUGCCUGCAAGACCCCAGCGCCCUGGUGUGGGCAGGAGGCGUGGGCCAUGGUUCGCCCCAGCGAAUGGGCGUCAUCCGCGUGCCCGCGCCCUGCCAGUACGCGCACAAGCUGGCCUUCCUGGUCGGCCAGAGCAUCCACCGCGAGCCCAACCUGUCGCUGUCCAACCGCCUGUACUACCUCUAGCCGAGCGGCCUCCCAGCGCCUGCGAGGGCUCCGCCUCACCCGUCAGCCUCUCGUCCUGGUGGGACUUGGGAGGGGCCGGGGCGUCCAGGGUCUUUAUUCCGACAUCACUACCAACCGAGAUACUUUAUAGGAAAAAAUUAGUGUUUUUAGUUCUCACGCAAGGACGCGUUUUUAUUGAUUUUUUUUCUAGUGAGAAGGG